ACAACUGCAGCAGCCGGUUUUAAAGUGCAGUAAAAUACAGUACAUUAUGUCCAUGUUGUUGUCAGAGAGAGGAGAUAACUGAGGACAGAAUCCAACGACUCGGAGCCAGAUUCUUACCUGCUCGUGACGCCGCAGCUGACGGACGUCUGCAGAUCCAAGAGCUGGCCACCAUGAUGCUGCCAGAGGAAGAAAACUUCCUGCUUCUGUUUCGCAGGGAGACGCCGCUGGACAACAGCGUGGAGUUCAUGAGGAUCUGGAGGAACUACGACACAGACAGCAGCGGCUACAUUUCAGCCGUCGAGCUCAAGGGCUUCCUUCAGGACCUGUUCCUCCAACACAGGAGGUCCGUCACGCCUGAAAAGCUGGAGGAGUACACUGACACCAUGAUGAAGAUGUUUGACAAAAACAAAGAUGGCAGACUGGAUUUAAAUGACCUGGCCAGAAUUUUGGCCCUGAAGGAAAACUUCUUACUGAAGUUUAAGAUGGACGCCUGCAGUCAGGAGGACAGGAAGAGAGACUUUGAGAAGAUCUUUGCUCACUAUGAUGUCAGUCAGACAUGUGCGUUGGAGGGUCCGGAGGUGGAUGGAUUUGUCAAGGAUAUGAUGGAGCUGGUGAAGCCCAGCAUCAGUGGGACAGACCUGGACAAGUUCAGGAAAGCCCUAAUGGGUCACUGCGAUGUCAACGGAGAUGGAAAGAUCCAAAAGAACGAGCUGGCUCUCUGCCUUGGCCUCAAUCUCAGCUAACAGACCUUCACAACAUCUACACAUGCCUCCUUCCUCCUCCAGUUUUUUUUCCUCCAUCUCUAUUCGCUGUUACUUCCUCUCUUCCCUCCUUCUUUACUUCCUUACUUUUCACUCCCUCCUUUUUUCUCUUUCUUCCCAUGUGACUUCUCUUCCCUCUAAGUUUGAUGUUACCAUGAGCACAGUACAUUCCCACAGUUUUCUAUAUUUUUCUGUAUUAAAAUUCCAGCAGAAGUGAAUAUAAAAUGUAUUAAAAUAGCAUCCAUGCCACCAUGGUUUAAACAAAGACUUGAGCUAUAAAAUGAUAUCUAGCUGGUGUCUUACGAUGAUGGUCUUUUUCAUGACUGCAUGGUAUGCUGCUUCUUUGUUAUGUGGUGAAACUAUUUGCUUGACAUUAAUGUAAAAUAAGUGAAAUGAAUGAUGGUUAGUAAAAUGUGUUGAAUAUU